AUGAUAGAGAGUCAUCUCCUUCCUCUGAGCCCCAGCUGCGCUUCCUGUGUGGUGGAUGUCAUUCUCCCUGUCCUGUGUGGGGUGGGGCUCUUCCUCCUGAUCCUCCCCUGGCUGCAGAGUAAGCCGGCCCCACCGCCGCCCAGGACCAAGGGGGUCGUCAGGAAGCCUGUGCCUCCUGUCUCCCACAGCCACCUGGGGAAGCUCUCCGACAAGGGCAGCUGUCUUCAGCUCCCAUGUGACGACCCCCCUGAUAAGGAGUCCAAACCAGUACCUUCUCCAGCCCAGUGGCCUUGUGGGGAGUGUGAAGAUGCUGCUGCUGCCACCUUGUCCCUGUCGGCUUCCUUGGACCCCCCAACUGAGGCCCCGCUGCCCCUGGCUUGUACCCCGUCCCCGGGCCCAAUAACCUCCCGAGUUUCUCUUGGUUCUGAAUCAAGUGCCCCUUGCUCACCGGAGCCAUUGCUCCCCCUAGAACACCUUUCACUCCAGGCACCUGGGCUUACUGCUCCCUCUCCAGGUCCUCCUGAUCUGCUGGCCUGUCCUCACCAUCCCCCAGACCUCAGCCUGGCUCUCCCUCAUUGUAGUUCAAAGAUUCUCCCACUGGGCUCCACCCCACAGAGCCCGUCUCCGCCCAACUGUUGGCUGACUUCUGCCAACGCAGGGAUCUCAGGCCUUGGUCACCCCAGCUGCCCCGUCUCUGCCCUUUCCUGGUGGAAGGUGGCAGCCAGAGCCUGGUGCCUCUCCACCUCGCCACACUGCAGGAGCCAGGAAGAGGGUCUUUCCCGCCACCCGCCAGAGGCCUCCUUCUGCAAAGACCUCACUCACAGGCAGCCCAAGGCUGGAGGUCCCCGUUUGAUCAACCCCAAUGUCCAGAAGCUGCUGGAGAUACUCGUCUCCAAGAGAGCAGAUGUGAACGUGUGGCAGGGGGAAGCCGAAAGAGAAGGAUCAGACCACCUCCUGGACUCCCUGGGGCUGAGGUUCAGGUCAUCAGGGGAGCAGCCGGAAAUUGUCAUCCUUCCUCCCUUCUGGGGCACGAGAGAGCGAGCAGAGCAGCUGCCUGGGCCUCCGCAGCUUCCUUAUCCCAAGGGCCAGGAGGACCACUUUGAGCAGAAAUGGAGCCAGCUCUUCUGGGGCCUCCCAGUCCUGCACAGCGAAUCCCUGGUGGCUACUGUCAGCGUCUCUGGUCCCCCCGUGGAGCUCUCCUCUAUCUUAUUCAACGGUCUCAAUAAUUCCUUUCCCUUACAAAUUCAGGCUAAAACACCUCCACAGCUCUUUCCCUCGCAGCUCGUGCUGCACCGCAUGAUCCCGCCCCCAAGUGUGACUCCAAACUUGCCCUGGUCCCAGCCCCCAUCUCUAGCCCAGAUCCAGCCCCAGCCUCUCAGCUCAUCCUCUCUCCAAAUCCCAUCAAGCUAUUCUUGCGACCAGAUCUGUGAGCCAUCUUUCCCUACAAGGAGAGAGGUUCAGUUUGUUAUCCCCACUGCUAUUCAACACCUGGAACAUCACCUUUUGAAGAAGCAACGGCAAAGUAGGAGGGCCUUACCCCAGCUGGUCAAAAAAUCCCACGAGAUCUUUAGCCAGUGCAUGCCCAACAGCUGGGCCUCCCAGGACCACAGGCCGGGUCUCGACCUCCUAGAGGAUUUUAUCAGCCCCGAGCUCCGGCAACAACUGGAGCAACAUCUUCAAACGAGGUUCACACAACACCUGUACAGACUUCCCCACAGGAUCCAACUGUCUCUGGGCCCGAUGCAGUCAUGGGACACAUUUCCUGGGACGAGUCAGGCAAAGGACGAGCUGGGGUCCUCCUGGCCCUCUGUGUUUGCACUUGAAAGCAACCAGAGUACACAGACAAUGGAGUCCAGGAGCCCUGCAAGGUUCCAGCUAGGGGAGGACUCAAGCAAGGAUGUGGGGCGUUGCCUGGGCAGGGUCCCCAGAGAUCCACCCAGGGGUUCCAGGAGCUCCCUAGCAAAGAUUCAAGGGGUGAGCUAUGAUGUGCAGUCGGGAAGAGACUCAGUGGACUCCUCGCGAAGUGACUCAGAGAGCGAUUCACUAAGGAGCCUGCACGAACAUCUAGACAACGUCCUGAGAGUCCAUUUGGGCAGGAAGUUGGAGGGAAUCAAGGCGAGCAGGGACCGUGGGGGUGCCGUGCCUAACUACAGACUGGGCUCCUACCACACCUCCGCCCCUCCUGAAGCCUCAGACGCUUACGCCGAAACCGGAAACCCAGCAUCUUCGAAGCACUGGGAGUCCUGUGAGAUCACCUCCCAGAUGUUCCUCAACCCAGGCACCCAAGGGGUACUAGAAGCACAUGUCAAAAGGCUGCAGGUGAGACACAGGUGGGCCCUCCCCCUCAAGGUUCUCAAGCCCAUCAAUCACUUUAAGUUGAAAAAGGCUCAGGCCCCGCCCCUUCCAUGGCCCACCGUACCCUCCUCAGCCACCUGCGGUUCUGAGGCCAACUUCCUGGAAGGACCUCAUCGGAAAGGCUCGGAAGAGACAGUGAUGACAAGAGAGCCAGUGCUCACCCUGAAGCGAGCUCUCCCCAUCCCCUGGCCUGCAUAUAAGAGAGCCCAGGGAGCCCUGGGGGUGACCCCAUCCUGGAACAUCUGUGCCCUCGCCAAGGUCCCUGGGGCUGGAGAGGCAGCCAGGCUGCAUUCUCAACCUCUCACUUCCAGCUCCACUGGCAGAACCUGGCACGGUGAAGCCGCCCUGGAGGCUGGGCAAGGUAGCCCGGAACAGAGACCAAGUUCAGCCGCGGCCAGAAAUGAGGCCCCAGGAGAGAGCGGGGUCCUGGCCUCCCCAGGCCCCUGCAGCAGCCCAUGGAUGCUGGAGUUCAACGGAGCAGCUCAAUGCCCGUGGGCUGGAGAGGUCAGUGAGGCAGUGAAGUUAGGGGAGCUCAAGUCCUCCACCUGGGAAGCCGGUGUGGCAGCAGACCCCCAAACCCUGUGUGGGAGUCUGAGUGUAGACUCUCUGGGAACCAGUAGAAGCCCCUCAGCCUCCAGUAUUUCUAUGGGACACAGGGAAGGAGCGCCGGACCUGAAGGCACAGGCUGUUGAUGAGAAGGCUCUCCAAGCGGAGGCAGAGUCGGAGAGCGAGUCUCUGGCGGCAGCAGGCCUCCUCCUCCAAGACCUGGCCCCCGAGAUGAUCCUCACCGCAGACAUCUUGGCGUUCCAGGCCUCUCGGGCUCGAUCCGGGAGUGUGUGCAGUAGCAGCACCUCCGCUUCGCGGGGGCUAAGUGACCUGCUGUGGAGGGCUGAGAGGAGCUGGGAGCAGCAGGGGCCAAGGAUCCCCAAAGCGAGGUUCCCGUGGGAGAGAGAGAGGAAGGUGUUCAGUCCCACCGACAAGCCGGACGUGUGCAGGAGGCUCAGACACAGGGAACAGGAAGAAAGGCUGGCAGGACAAAGGGCCCCCCAGGCCCCUGGGACGUGCCACCCCACCCAAGGCACGGAAUCGGUAGAGUCUCUGAGAAUCAAGACUUUGCUGCCCCUGCCCAACCAAACACCGCUGCCUCCGGCGAGCCGUCUGGGGGACAGGGUCAGGAACCUCCUGCGGCGGCUUUUCCCCAACAGAGGCAAAAGGCAGGAAGACGUCUGGCAAAGCGGAUCAGCCAUAAGCAGAAUGUCUAUGAGUGUUAAGGAGCCCGCGGGCACCGCCACACAGACCCCAGAGGAGAAAUUGGGGUUCCACCACGAACUUUCAGCCGCACAGGAAAAGUCAUACAAAGAGGAAUCCCAGGGCCCGGUGGAGAAAACCUGUCUUGCCUGCUACGUGCUCAUGACUCCUUCCUCUCGAGGUACCUGUUGCUUCCUAAUACACAUUGUUUUCUCAUCGCAGGUGGUGGCUCCUGUCUGUGCUGUGCAGGCCUACAGGGAAGGGGUUGGAGUUUCCUCUUCCUGA